CUGGAAAAACAUAACCUAAAAUACCUCCUCCCGGAUUUGAACAAAAAAUAAGAAUUUUUGCAUUUCCUAGUGAAAUUACCCAAUAAAAUGCCAGUGGAUUUGAUUGGAUAUAUUUACGCCGCAACUGUAGCUGCUGGUGGAAUAAUUGGAUACGUGAAAGCAGCUUCCGUGCCCUCUCUUUCAGCCGGAUUGGCUUUUGGGGCGAUUCUGGGGUAUGGAGCUCACCUAAACUCCCAAAAUCCCCCACGUCCACUGCUACAGUUAGGCACAAGCCUCGUUCUUGCCGGAAUGAUGGGGGCACGCUGGGCCAAGUCUGGUAAAAUGAUGCCACCCGGACUUGUUUGUAUCCUCUCAGUGGCCACUUUUGUGCGGGGCGUCUAUGUGUACAAUCAGCAUUUGUGGCCAGGAAGUCGCCAAUAGGACCAGAGUUCUUCCGGCAAAUCCGAUCAAAAUGAGGAAGAACAAGCAGAAGUCUAAAAUUUUAUCAAUUAUAUUUUGGUGUUGGACACAAGGUAAAAGUGAUUUUUUUUCUCAAAUAGUUUAAUAAAGUUUCAUAUAGUUUUACAAAUAAAAAAUAUAUUUUUUUUAUUCG